AUGGGUGCCUCAGACUCCAAACUCAGCUUCAAGCAAGGCAUCUUCCGCCUUUCGGAGCCCAAGCAAAUCCCCGCUGAUGAUGCAUACUGGACAGGCUUCUGGGAGCUUCCCGAAUCCACUGAAGAUGUAUUCUCGCUCUUUUCCCCCGCAGACAUACGCCGCACACGCGACAAUAAUCUUGCGAAUCUCGAGACGCUGGUGUUAGCUGUAACCUCACGGCUGUGCGUCCUACGUAACCACCCCUCCUUCCCCGAUCCCGAACUCGCCCCUGAGAGAGAUGCCCUGAACUGCAUUCGCGUCCUUACACGGAUACUGCCCUUCAUCUAUGAGGCAGAACACCUCGAGUCUUGGGAGGACAAGUUUUUCUGGGGUGCGCGGCGCAAAAGAAGUAGACGGGGACAAAUCGUUAAGACAGAAAUCAUAUUCGACGAAGCGGACCCGGACCAGACACCGACAGACAAUGAACCCGAAUUUGAGACAGCUAAGCCGCUCGCAGAGGAGAUCAUAGAUACUCUCAUUGAUUUGCUCUUCUUCUCGGAGUUCACAUUACCCAAGGUGCCAGCCGGCAAGAGCAAGGUUACGUAUGCAAUCUGGCAGAGUGGCGUGGGCUGCAACACGCCUAUUGCAUCUACCAAAGAAUUCGAAAACAACAGAACAGAGAUCUUGAGAUUGCUACUCACCUUUGCUAGCAAGUCUAUGUACAUGUCCGCAAAUAUUCUUCCAGUGAAGGGUGUCAAAGCCAUCUCUUACUUAGCUACUUGCCCCGACAAGCAAGUAGUUCUAUCCGUUCUCUGCUCAUUGCUGAACACUACUCUCAAAUACAACCCUGCAUCAUGGCGUGUUCCCUACGACCAUGUCGUAUUUAAAGACCAGAAGCAGAUUCUAGUCACAUAUUGUUUGCAACUUCUGCUUGUGCUUGUACUAUAUCCGAUCCCCGAGCCUGGUAAUGGCCCUCCACCAAAGAACUUUUUCCGCCAUUUUCUUGGGCGACUGCACCGGCCGCAGGACUUCCAAUUUUUGGUCGAUGGCAUGACUCGAAUUCUCAACCAGCCACUCCAAGCCACAUCCACGUAUCUACCGGGAAGCUCGAAGUCGCUAACGUGGGCUCCCGAAAUGAUCAUGCUAUUCUGGGAAGCACUUCAGUGCAACAAGCGAUUCCGCUCAUUCAUCAUCGAUACUGACCGUGCGCAUGACUUCAUGGUAUUGGUGCUAUACUAUGCCAUUGAUCAGCGCAAUGAUCCCGCCCGGCAAGGCUUGAUUCGAAUGUGCAUCUUCGUAUUACAAACCCUGAGUGUGGAGCCGCACUUUGGAAAGAGUCUAAACAAGACAUUUGAGAACCAAGAGUCACUCCCAGCAAGCAUUCGGAUCCCCAAUUUUCAUGGAACUUACGCUGACUAUCUUAUCACUUCUAUCUAUACACUUCUUACAACCAGCAAGGGUAAAUUGGAUGCGAUUUAUCCAGCGCUGCUCGCUAUCAUCAAUAAUAUAGCAGCGUAUGUACAAAACCUGGGACGGGCACCUAGCUCAAAGUUACUUCAAUUGUUCGCAUCAAUGUCCUCGCCGAGUUUCUUGUUUGCAAACGAGAACAACCAUACGCUUCUGCAAUCCUUACUUGAGGCGCUGAAUGCGAUGAUUGAGCACCAAUACUCAACAAAUCCGAACUUGGCCUACGCCAUCCUGAGAUCACGGAAGAGAUUCCAAGCCCUUAGAGAUUUCACAUUGGAGAGUGGCCAGGAAGAGAUUGAGCGCCAGAGUCAACAGAAGAAGGAGCAAGGGGGCGACGCACCCAGAGCCGAUUCGAUUGAUAGUUUGCGGAGUCCGACGAUAUCGAGGACUCCCACUCUGAGUAACGUACCAGAGGAAAACAGCGCAUUCGCCAUAGGAGACGAUGAUGAUUCCGAUGCUGAGACCGAUGACAAUGGCGCGCACCAGCCACGCUCUCCAUUGCAAUCUCCUUCGGGGGCGUCAAGAAGUGCGUCGAUCGCAUCAUCAGUCGACGACACUGUACCAUUGCAACUACGUGGCAUGUCAGAGAAGGCCAGGGGUAAAAGGCCCAUCGGUCAACCGGCAUUCUCGCGACAAAACAGCACAACCAGCUUGAACAGCGUGACAACCCCUACUCUCGGCGCUAGCGAAUUCUUCACGCCAUCAACAGCAUGGAUUGAAAGCUGGCUCCCAGAGCUGCCGUUGCACACGAUUCUGAUGCUAAUCUCGGAGCUUGCUCCUAGGGUUAAUGGGGGGGCCAGUAACGACACCGCAGCGGCCCUACAGGUAAUCAAAGAAACAGAAGUACGGGGUAUCGAGCCCUCGCCCAUCAGGGUCCACCUGUUCGAGUGGUCACCCUUGUCGCUUGGGUGGUACGAAUCACUACUCUGGGGCUUCGUCUUUGCGGGCGAGAUGGUUGUAGCCAAGGGUACCGCUGGCGUAUGGAACAACACUAGCAUAAGGCUUUUCAGGGUCCAGGAGACUGCUGCUCAAACACCUUCCCUUUUGGCGCCACGAGGGGCUGUCGACGCUGUGGGAAGCAAUCUGGUGCAGCGAAUUGGCAGCCUCAAUCUCAGAGGACCGGCCAACCAGGCCCAGCAGCGGGUUGCGUCCGGCGGUGGCAACGAUGCGCCCCCGACGGUUAGGGAUGUGUGA